CUGAUUAUGAAUACGGAUAAUAGUCUUAUAGUUCGGAGCCAGAUAUAGAACCAAUCAACCAAACAACUAAUGUUGCGUAUCAGUAAAUUGUGUAUCUUUUUAUAUUUAGCAAUUAUUUGAGGAAACAUCAGGGUGUCACUGCAGCAAAAUGAUGUCAUUACAAUAUAUGAAAAAUGUUUUAACUAUCGCUCAACAAUCCCUCACAAGAAGACAUUUCCAUGCAAGUGCGAUCGUCAAUAAAUCCCAAUCUGGAUGUUAUAAAGUAACAGUCAAAAAAGAUAGACCACUGACGUAUGAAAUGGCAAAUCCACCUCAUUAUAUUGCUCACAGAAAGUCUUGGAAUUCUUGGAACACUUCCAACAUUAAGGAUGGCAACAGACCAUCUGAAACAGCUGUAGAAGAUUUAUUCAUUCGAUAUUUUAUGAAAGGUACUUGGCACAAUUUGUUUGCUAGUGAAGUCAUCAUUAAACGGCAGCACAAUAUCAUUAGGAUAGCUGGAAUCAUCACCCGUACGAUAGCACCUACCAAAAUAUAUUUCUUAACUGGUUACACAGAAGAGUUCCUAAGCUUUUGGCUACAAUGUCCCAUUAAAUUAGAACUGGUAUCAACUAAUAGCCAUAAAGAUGUAAUAUUUAAAUAUAUAUAAAAUAUAAGUAAUGUAAAAAAAUUAGGGAUUUGUGUACUAUUGCAAUAUUUGUUAUGGUUAAUUUUGCGCAAUACACAAUAAAUUCUGACAUGAUAUGUAACGUGA